UUCUUGCAAAACCCUAAUCGAUAAAUCCAACCAUAAUUGAAUUAUAUCGUCUUUCUUGUACAACUGUGCAGUGAGUUGAAGGAUUUGAAUUUUGAACAGCCAUGGAUGCACAUUCGUCUCACUUAACGGCACCGCUCCGAUCACGUAGCUCACAGUCUCCGUCGCCGUCGCACUCCGCAUCCGCUUCUGCUUCCGCCACCUCUUCCAUCCACAAACGGAAGCUUAGCGCGCCUGAAGACCACGCGCCUCCAUUCCCUUCCUCCUUCUCCGACACUCGCGAUGGCGCGCUUACCUCCAAUGACGAUCUCGAGAGCAUCAGUGCGCGCGGCGGUGCUGACUCCGAUGACUCUGAAGAAUUCGAGGACGUCGUUGAUGAUGACGAGGAAGAAUACGACGAUUCUUCGAUGAGGAACUUUACUGCCUCCCGUUUGGAGAAUAAUGUGGGACCCGCGGGGCGAAACACGAAGCCAAAGACGGAAAAUCCGGUGAAGGUUGAACCUAGUGAAGUAGGGAAAGACGGUGUCGCUGGGGCGGUUGGAUCGGCGGCUGCUUCAACUCCAGCUUCGGUUCCGGGAAUUGUGGUGAAGGAGGAUACAGUCAAAAGUAUAUUUACGGAGAAUUUGCAGACCAGCGGAGCUUAUUGUGCGAGAGAAGAGAGUUUAAAAAGAGAGGAGGAAGCGGACAAACUCAAGUUUGUAUGUGUAUCAAAUGAUGGUAACGAUCAACAUAUGAUUUGGUUAAUUGGACUGAAAAAUAUAUUUGCGAGGCAACUACCUAACAUGCCUAAGGAAUACAUUGUUCGUCUUGUGAUGGAUAGAGGCCACAAAUCCGUAAUGGUCGUCAGGCGCAAUACAGUUGUUGGUGGCAUUACAUACCGCCCUUAUGUCAGUCAAAGGUUUGGAGAGAUAGCUUUUUGUGCAAUCACCUCGGAUGAGCAAGUAAAGGGUUAUGGCACUAGACUGAUGAAUCAUUUAAAGCAACAUGCACGAGAUGUGGACGGGCUUACGCAUUUUCUGACAUAUGCUGACAAUAAUGCUGUUGGUUAUUUUAAUAAACAGGGCUUUACAAAAGAUAUUUUCUUGGAGAAAGAACGGUGGCAUGGAUACAGAAAAGAUAACAGUUUUUCACUUACAAUACAGUUUAUAUGUCAAGCCUCGUUCCCUAGGUAUAUAAAAGAUUAUGAUGGAGGGAUCCUUAUGGAAUGUAAAAUCGAUCCAAAGCUUCCAUAUACUGAUUUGUCAACCAUGAUCCACCGGCAGAGGCAGGCAAUUGAUGAGAAAAUAAGAGAGCUCUCAAAUUGUCACAUUGUCUACCCUGGAAUUGAUUUCCAAAAGAAAGAAGCUGGAAUUCCAAAAAGGAUCUUGAAACUUGAAGAUAUUCCUGGUUUUAGGGAAGCUGGGUGGACUCCUGAUCAAUGGGGACAUUCUCGCUUUAAAAUUGUGAAUGCUUCUCCAGACGGUACCUCAAAUCAAAAAUUGACGGGUUUCAUGCGAUCAAUUCUAAAGGCAAUGCAUGACCACGGUGAUGCGUGGCCUUUUAAAGAACCCGUUGAUGUUCGGGACGUUCCAGACUAUUAUGACAUCAUUAGAGAUCCAAUGGAUCUCAAAACCAUGUCGAGACGGGUGGAGUCCGAGCAAUAUUACGUAACACUCGAGAUGUUCCUGGCUGAUGCAAGGAGGAUGUUUGCCAAUGCUCGAACCUAUAAUUCGCCGGAAACUAUUUACUUCAAAUGUUCCACCAGGCUAGAAGCCUUCUUCUCGACUAGAGUUCAGUCAGGUCUGCAAUCCUUUCUGAAAAUUCAGCAAUAACAAGCGGAAAUCGAAAGAUCCAUUGGUCCAAUUACAAUAUCGUGUUUCUGGUAUGUUUCUGUUAUCUUGCAAUGUAUUAGAUAAAGAACAUAACUAUAAAUGCAGAGAGAAAGAUUGGUCCUUGUGAGGGUAGACUGGUUUAGGUUUAGAAAUGCACAAAAGAUCGGGUUUAGGUUGACCAGUAGACCUGUUGGUCCAGAUCAGUUUUUUAUUAACCGGGUGUGUACGGUAUGUUGGUCGAAACCAGGUAACUCCUACCCCAUAAUUUUCUAGUACUUAAAAAGACAGAAAUUGGAUCU